CUAGAAGUGAAGAACGCCAAAUUUAACACAUCGCCCUAGAAUUCACAGCUUGGUGACAAAGGCGACGCCAUCUACUUUCCAAACUUCCAUCACUGCAUCAACGAUGGUUCCUGUUAGUACGGUGACGCAUUCGAUCCCGCAAAGAUGUUUCGCAACCCUCGAGAGAAUGCCUCUUUCCCGAUAGACGACCGAGUCCUCCCCUACGUCGGUCGCCCUCCAACUCCCCCUCCCCAGGGUCCAGAACGGAAUCCUUACUUCUCAUUUCCUGUCGUCCACGCAAGACAGGCUGCAAACCACGCCCCGAAGAAGCGAUCUCCAAUGUCUAAGACUUCCAUGUCUGGUCGCCAACCUGCCUCGAAGACCCCUGUGGCAAAGAAGAACGGGCUUGCCCAGAACCAGAGCAUACUCAACUUCUUCGCAAAAUCAGAAAAGAAUAACCUCACCGGCACAGAUACGAGUGCUCCUCCUCCGCUGUUCUUCAAGGACGUACAGCCGGGUAUUGAGGCGCGUGAGCUGGGGGGUGACGAGACACGAUUCCAUGAAGACGGUGGGUCCGUCAAAAAGAGGCGAAUCAAUGAUGAUGAGGAUUUCGAGGACCUUGUCCGCACCCCGUCACCCGGACUUGAAACUGGUGCUAGCGAGGUCAAGAAUGUGCAAAGUUCGCGAGACGGGAACGCGGAGUUGGUUAAGCCGCCACAGAAGUACAGAGGUGGAUUCCUCGACGACUCCAGCGAUGAGGAGGACAAUGACUGGACUGCCGCCAUCAAUAGCGCUGUCAACGUCACCGACACCACGGAGAAAGUACGAGACACCGGGAUCUUGGAGACUUUGAGCACCAUUGACGUCGAUACAGGAUUCACUACGACAGAAAAUGCCUCCAAGCAGUUUGACUCGGGUUCUGCCUCCAGGAGAGUCAAUGCCGUCGACCAAGAUAGGUAUGAAGAUUCAGAAAUCCCUGCAAGGGUCAUUCCGCCCUUGACACGCGAAGAAACAAGUGUUUUCGAACCUGGAGAAUUCGGCGAUGAGGAUUUUGAGAACGAUGAAUUCUUUGAUGGAGGAGAAGAAUACAUGGAGCGCAAGUGGAUGGAGGAACAACGAGAGAUGGGAAUGGAUUUUGACGACGAGGACUCAAAAUCGGAGACUGAAAGCGUUAGGACGCCCCGAAGCGCUGUGGAAGAUGAUGUUCAAAUCGACGCCGAGGAAAGCGAUAGCAUCUCUAUCUGUCCAAUAUGUGCUGGGAGCUUGAGAGGGCUAUCCGAAAACCAGGCGUCAGCGCAUGUCAAUGCCUGCCUUGACGGUAAUGCUGAACCACUGCCAAAAUUGUCCAAACUGAACACAGCUAUCGAACCUCCUGCAUCCAACGAGAUUGGUGCCACUGGUUCUGUCUCUAAACGCUUUCAGCGUGCGGCAAUUGCCCGUCCUGCUCAAUCUAGUCCUUUUUCCGUGUCGAAAGAUGGGAAAGGAGGCUCGGCCUUUACAAGACUCAUGUCUAGUCAUGCAGAAGACGCCGCCUGGGCAGAGGCAGCAGCACAUGAAGCUCAAUCUCGCGGCAAACCCGCUUACCGACGAACCUGCCCCUUUUACAAGAUCAUGCCUGGCCUCUACAUCUGUGUUGAUGCCUUCCGGUAUGGCAAGGUGGAAAAUCAAAACGCCUACUUUCUCAGUCAUUUCCACAGUGAUCACUACAUUGGUCUCACGUCCUCAUGGUGCCACGGCCCGAUCUACGCCAGCAAAGUCACCUGCAAUCUAAUGGUUCAGCAGCUGAGAGUCGACCCUAAGUGGGUAGUUCCACUCGAGUUCGAGAAGAAGGUCGAGGUCCCGAAUACAAAGGGAGUUUUCGUCACUAUGAUUCCUGCCAACCACUGUCCUGGGUCGUCACUCUACCUGUUCGAAAAAGUCACGGGAAGGAACAAAGACGGCACUCCAAAAUUAACCCGUAUCCUCCAUUGUGGGGACUUUCGGGCAUGUCCUGCCCAUGUCUCCCAUCCUCUCCUACGUCCUGAUAUUGUCGACAGCAUUACUGGCCUAACUAAGCAACAAGUCAUUGACACCUGCUACCUGGACACGACCUAUCUAACUCCCAAAUACGCGUUUCCGAGCCAACACGAUGUUAUUGAUGCUUGUGCGCAAAUGUGUGUCAGUUUGUCGAAGGAGAUUGUGGACGAAAACGAUGGCUGGGAGAAAGUCAAGGCGAACCGCGCUGGUAGUGCGAUGAAGAAGUUCCUCGAACAGGGCGAAGCCACUCUCAUCAAGCCAGACGACGAGGAGGCGGACAAGAAACCGAAAAUGCGAGGACGUCUCCUCGUCGUCAUCGGUACCUAUUCGAUCGGCAAGGAGCGAAUCUGCUUGGGAAUCGCGAAAGCCCUCGACUCCAAGAUCUACGCCCCUCCAUCGAAAAUGCGCAUCUGCCUCUGCCUCGAAGAUCCCGAACUUAACGCCAGACUAACGAAGAACCCACUUGAGGCACAGGUUCACAUGCAAACAUUGAUGGAGAUCCGAGCCGAGACACUUCGCGACUACCUGAUGACCUAUAAAGGCCACUUCGCUCGAGUGGUCGGCUUUCGACCGACAGGCUGGUCCUACCGCCCCCCAACGUCACGUUUCACCGAGAACCCGGCGGUCAGUACCGUGCUGCAUUCUGAUGGCUGGAAAACACGAUACACGAUGCGGGACUUGGCUCCUCAGCGCGGCAGCACGCGGGAAUCGAACUGUUUCGGAGUGCCUUACUCAGAACACAGUUCCUUCCGGGAGUUGACCAUGUUUUGCUGCGCUCUGAGGAUCAAUCGAAUCGUCCCAACGGUUAAUGUGGGAAGUGCGAGGACCAGGGAGAAAAUGAAGGCCUGGAUUGAAAAGUGGGAGGCCGAAAAGAGGAAAAACGGAUUGUUCACGGUCCAGACCGGGGCGGAGGGUUGGGGGAGUGGAGAUGGGAAGCUCAGCUAUGGAGUGUAACUACGAUUCAUGGUACACAGUCGAUGUGCAGAUGAGUGUCAUCGAUUGUUGUGCGACGGUGACGGUCACAGCUGCUAACGCGAGAAGGCUGUAUAAGGGUCAGGCUGUUGUGAUCGUUCCUCAUGUGAGCAUCUAUCCAUCGCAUGGCAGCUAGCAAGUUCACGCCGCUGUUUCUGGAAGAGACAUGGGCUCCCAUCAGAUCAAACACCACUAUUGAUCCUUCGAGCCUUGACUCGGUCCAAUGUGAUCAUUUGCAAGCCCUGUGCACUCCUUCUCUGUAUCCCGAGUAGUGUCCUGGAACCAGCAAUUGAUCCCCCUCAGGACUCCCCCCUAUCGUCUUGUCAAGAGGAUCACUGGCAACGUCCCUGA